CUCAGGCGCCUCUGUCACGGCCCUCUGCGACGGCCUCCGCUCCCCAUCCCUGAUCCGGCCGCGGCUUCUUCUUCAUCAUCUCCACCCUUCAAAUGCAAAGUGUGCUCGCAAUGACAUCGGGAGGCAGGUUUGUGAAUGCGGUCGGCCGGGUGAUUUCAGAACUGGAUCCUGAGGGGCGUCGCUGGCCUGAAGACUCUGUUCCCCGACAGUAGAGCUCCUCCCUCGCCCAGAACACAGCCAUGAAGCAAGCUCAGGAGCGCAACCAGGAGUGCCUGCCUCCCAAGAAGAGGGAUAUCCCCGUCAGCAGCGGCGGCGGUGGUGGCGGCGGCGGCGGCGGCGGUGAGCCCCCAGGGACCAGUCUAGGAGGAGGAGGAGGAGGAGGAGGUGGGGGAGGUUGUGGAGGGGAUGAGGUGGCCCCCCCCCAGAGCUCCGGUCCCAGCCUUGACGCUCAGGGAGGGGCCAGCUCCGGGGAUUGGCUGCGCGCCCAGACAAGCCUUCACUACGGGAUGGAGAGUUCUGAAAACAUACCAGCCGUGCCUGUCGACCAGUACAGCAUGCUCUACAAAGUGGCCCUCCCCUCCGGCACCUACUCCUCCUCCAGCCUCCACCCCGUGCUCAGCCAUAUCUCCCCUGCCUACACGGUGCACUCCCCCCUCAUGCAGCAUCCAGGGAUCCCCUACCCCCCGCUGGGCUACGCCCAGAUCCCCCACUCCCAGCUGCAGUUCGUCAGCCCCUCCUACGCCGCCGUGCCGUACGCCGUGCCCCCCGGCUUCGUCCACGGCUCCAUCCUCUCGCCCUCGGGCGCCCUCUCCCAGCCCCACGCCGUGUCCCACCUCGUCCCCUACCCCUCCGUCAUGCAGGAGGGCGUCGUCUCCCCCCCGUCCCAGCAGCAGGUGGCUGCUCACACUUUUACCAAAGUCGGGGGGUCGGGCGGGAUCCCCCUGAUGCUGACCUCGGAGCAGGCGGAGCUCAGCGCCCGGGGGCUGCCGGUCUACUACCGCCCCCAGGGGGCGCUGGCGGGGCCGGAGGUGCUGAGGGACGCCCACAUGGUGCAGCAGGAGACCCAGGCCAAGAUGAACGGAGGGGAGGGGAGGGAGGACGCGCUCUAUAAGGGCAGGACCUCCCGGCUGCUCCAGGUGGCUCCGGGGGGCGGGGCGCUGGACUACGGCCCGGACCGGGGCCUGAAGGACCGCCGGGGGGAGGACCGGCACUCCCCGGGCCAGAGGAGCACGCCCGACAGCGACCUGGAGCUCCAGCAGGCGGGGGCGCCCUUGUCGGGGCCGGGCCACGGCGGGGGCCGUAAAGAAGUGUCCUUCGCGCCGCUGAACCUCUCCCAGGGCUCCCAGAGGGCCCGCGAGGCUCACGGCGACCCCACGCCGGAGCACUCCGUCAGGGCCGCGGCGUACACGGGCCACGCCGUCAGCUACGGGGACCCCCGCUUCGCCGGCCUCCAGCAGCAGGGGGCGCUGCCGGGCCACGCCGUCAUCCUGGCCAACGGACAGCCCGUCCUUAUCCCCAUGGAGUACCAACCGCAGCCGCCGCCGCCGCAGCAGCAUCACUACGCGUGCCAGCCCAACGACGUCUCGGCCAUCCCUUCCUUCAAACCCUCUGACCCCCCAGCCAGAGUGUGCCUCUCUGAGCGGGCUGUGGUUGAGCUGGCCACAGCUCAGCAGCAGCAGCAGCAGCAGCAGCAGCAGCAGCAGCUGCUGCAACAGCAGCUACAGCAGCAGCAGCAGCAGUCCACCCACCACGCCCCCCCGGGGGCCGCUCAGGCCCCCCCGGGGCCCGCCGCGGCCUCGGGGCCCGGCAGCCCGUCCCACUUCAUGAAGGGGGCCAUCAUCCAGCUGGCGACGGGCGAGCUGAAGCGCGUGGAGGACCUGCAGACGCAGGACUUUGUGCGGAGCGCAGAGGUGAGCGGCGGGCUGAAGAUCGACUCCAGCAUGGUGGUGGACAUCCGGGCCAGCCAGCAGAAGGCCGGCCUGGUGGCGCUGCACUUCACGGUGGGCGAGCAGCAGAGCAAGGUGACCAUCGACGUGCCCCCCGAGCACCCCUUCUUCGUGUUCGGCCAGGGCUGGUCCUCGUGCACGCCGGAGCGCACGGCACAGCUCUACGGCCUGGCCUGCCACCACCUGCAGGUGGGCGACGUCUGCGUGUCCAUCACCCUGCAGCAGCAGGUCCAGACGCAGCCCCCGCCGCCCCCGAAGCAGCCCCAGCAGCACCACUACCCCCAACUACUACAGCAGCAGCAGCAGCAGCAGGGCCUGGCCCGGACUCCCAGUAAAGCCAGUACUGGUCCCAGCCCGCAGCCCAUGGGCCCGCCCGCGCCCCAGCAGCCCCGGCUGCAGGCCCAGUUCCGGAUAGAGCGCAUGUACAGGGAACAGGACAGGGAGAAGGAGGCGCCAGGCGCGGAGAGCGUGGCGCCCUCCCGGCCCAGCGUGCCCUCGCCCUCGGCGGAGCACGGCCGCAGCCAGAGCAGCAGCUUCCAUUUGCACACAGAGGGCCCCGCCGCCCAGGGGCCCUCGGCCGUCCUGCUGGGGGCCGCCCAGGCCGGGCUGAGCGCGGCCCAGAGGCGCUGGUCGGCCCCGGGCCUCCAAAGAUGUGUGAUAAAGGGCGGCGAGGGCCCGCACGCACAGACCAGGCCCUCCUUCGUCCCCCAGGAGGUGAAACUGUCCAUCGAGGGGCGCUCUAACGCAGGGAAGUAGCACCAGGAGGAGUAGGAGUCCUACAGACGCAGCCAAAAGAGAGGAUGAGUGGGGGCCGGAGGGAGGAGGUGAGAAUGGAGCCUCAGAAUGUUUGAGAUUUUGCACACUUACCGAGACACAAAAUGGCCGUUGUUGUUCUGUGGUCUUAAGGAUUGCUCUGUGGGUUCAGCCGGCAGUCAGGCCCGGCCUUAAGGUCCUCUCCGGCCCGGGGGGUCCGGGGGGGGGGGGGGGGGGGGGGGCGGAGCAGGUGAAUCUGGAGCAUGUAGCUGGUCAAACACCGUUCAUAACCCGGAGACGGUUCGAUUAUCCUCCUUACCUCACCUCCACUUCUGCAUAGCCAUCACUUAUCUUUGUUUCACCCAACCCAUUUCACCACAACAUGAGAUACGGAGAAUGUGAUCUUGGCACAACUGUUAGUUCAAUCGUUGUUUUUUUUUAAUCAAUGGCCACUACCACCCCACCCCCCCCCCUUGUUUUAAGCUCCACCUACAGGGGGUGGGAAGUUGAUGUGACCAAUGCCAGGACUCUGAGGUGAUGUGUGCCAUGUAUUCGUCUCUGUUGCCCAAAGACCACUAGGAACCCUAAGGCCUCGUCUACAUUCCCAGUCGGAGGAGAAGCAUAUUCCCAGAGGUUUAGGUUUAGUGGGAGAAGAUUGCCGUCACAUAAUCAACCGCCAAUCAAGGGUCAUUUAGAACAAUCAUUCAAUUAGCAUCACACCCCUCGCUGACUAAUUAAAUCUCCCCCUCUUAGAAACCGACACCGUUUACAGUUUACCCAGAGUGGGGACGGACAUAUUGUUGGGGUCAUAUCACGCAUCAGAAUAUUACCCUCUGGGAAAUGUUAACAUAGAAUUUCACAUCUUGGAGUCAAGGCCAUCCCUUUUAACGUCUAUGCCUCAGAAACUCACGGUGAGACAGUCACUGCAGGCCGUUCUUUGCAGUUAAAGUAGUUUAGUUGCUACUGCUCAUUCAUCGAAUCAGCCGAGAGAAUUCCUUGUCUCCAGAACUGUCUGCUUUCUGAUGGACCGUCUAUUUGCAAGAAUUCGCUAAUCAACUAGAGACCAUAAAAGGUUCCUCUAAACGCUCGUAUUGUGGCCAACAAAUCAAAGACAGUUGAUGUUUCCCUGGUGGAUUGAACUCCACAUGCCUCCACCUUCACACUCAGGAGGAACCCCGGUUCUGCAUACAUGAAGUCUUCGUCCAGGAGACCACAGCUUUAGUAAUGGCUCUGGGCACUCAGACCCUUCUACACAAUCAAAACCUUUUUAAGAAUGUAAGGCUUGUUUUUCAGUUCUUUUGUAUCACCGUUUUAUAUCGGCGGCGGGUUCGGGUGGUUUCGAUGGAAACAUAUUUCCCACCGUUCUUAAAACUGUCGGGUGACAUUGUUAAGAUGGGAAAUAGCUAAAUUUAUGUUUUAAAGUAUUGUUACAUGGGCUGCAAGUGUACUUUUAUCCACCCACUGAUCCAAUGCCAAUACCAUGGACAGAAACAUGGUGAUACCCCUUAACAUAUCUGCAAAUUGAACUGGGCAAGUUUGGGAAAGACAACUGCAGAAUAAAUAUUCCCUUAUGUAUUCGGAACAGAUCGUCUCCCACUUUUCUCUUUAACAGGCAUGCAUGUGGGAGACAGUUCAAAACGUUUUGGAUUAGAGGCAUUGAUGCUAAUCGAAAAACAUUUUAAGGUGGAACUCCUAGAAUAAAUUCCUCCAUGGGGCUUGUUCUGUUUUUAGGAUUCAUUAAAAACUAGCUUGCAAAUUAACACUGUUGUAUAAUUUGCACUGUUUGCUGUUUAGCCAAUGUGGGUGCUGCAGGUUCAAUCUUCUGAGAGGUUUUAGACUUGUCACUGAACUGAAAGAUUAUUAAGUGCAAUUAGACCAUGAUGAUAAGAAUCAAAUGUAAACAUUAUUAUUACAGGCUUGCAUUCCACACAAACAUUCCUAUGAUCAACUGUCAGACCCUGGCCCGGUGAGACCAUCCUGAUUCGUUCACACCCGGAUCAGUCUGGCCUCGACCCAAUGGUAAUGCUUUCCAAGGUGUUUUAAUUGAUUGGCCAAUCAGGGCUUGGGGGGGGACUUUCAUCUCAUGACAAACAGGGCGCGGUAGAUUUAAAGUUAUGGUGUGUUCCUGAAUCCUCGAACGCCAUACUUCCGAGUCGUAAGUCGAAGAUCUCGCAGCUUUCUUGCAGCAUUUCUCGAAGGCACACUCCCUUUUUGUCUUCAUCUUUCGAAAAUCUGAGAGUAGACCGAGAGCAGUGAUGACGCUCUCAACAAAAUGGCUGCGCCCGUGAAGAGAUGUAUUUUCUUUGUAUUUGUACAAUGUUGUUCAUUUAAAACUACUUUAUUCCGUUCACCAAUUUAUCCAUUGCAUGGUCUUGCUGUGCGUGCAAUACAAUGUAAAGUUGUGGUGUUUGUUUUCGGGCCGGUUUGCUAAAGAGGCUAAUGUAGCUAACAAUAAACAACGACUAGCCAAUUUCAUGCCACAAUCACAAAGACGAACGGGAAUGCUAUGAAUGCUCCGAGACUGGAAGUGACGUCAAACAUGCAACUCGGAAGGCUCGCGUCCGAGGAUUCAGGAACAAACCAUAAGCAUAAACAAUGGCGCCGUCACAAGCUUUAAUCUGAAAUAGACUUAAGAACGAUGUUAAAAAAUGAACAGAAAGCUGAACAUUUAGCCGCUCCCAUACGAAUGGCUGCAAGCCAAGGCCAGGCCGUUGUUCUUUGCUAAAUGCUAACCUGAUCUCUGGAUGGUCUCACUGAGCGACUGGAACCUGGUGUGUUGGUGUGUCCCCUUCUCUGCUCGGUGGCUUGAAUGUUCUUUCUUACUGCUGUAAACAUUUAACCUCACCCAAUCUGUCUGUCGUAGGCUGAUAUGACGGGGUCUCGGACUUGGAUACUAUCCUUUUUUUUGUUUGGUAUUUAUGUGUUUGUGUCCACGUUGGUCGACCGUCGAGUUAGAUCCCAUGAGCUCCGCAUCGUUUAUCAGACGCUCGCCCCUGCAGUUCUGUUGACGUCCACCGGGGUCGGAGUCUGAAUCUAUCAAGUCUAGUUCAUGCACUGGUACCCGGUUUGCAGGCUUUCAUCAACAUACAAAUCACACUCUUAGGCCCACAGAAUUUUGUAACGAUUGAUGGCCAUUUAGGAACUUAUUUUUCAUUUUGAAAUGCUAUUGGCAAUCUAGUCACACGUAUAACUGGUAUACAUUUCACGUGGUCCUAGCAUGUACUAUGCAGUUACAACUCAAGUAUUUUACCCUUCAAUGUCCACGGCCUCCUUGGAAACGGAAAAGACUACGAGAGGCGAGUGGGUUCGUUGUUCAAGGCCGGAGCCACGCAGUCUUCUUUCCCAUGCAGCCUUGAAUGGCAAACUCAGUGUUUCAUUCUGUUCACUGUUCUGUCUCGCAGUUUUUCGAGUCCCCACUUUGGCAUUGUGGCUCAGAUUAGAACAUAUCGUUGGAGCACAACGGCAUAAGAUGAUCUGUCUAAAAGCGUGUCCUGUGCUCAUAUGGGUAGGAAUGAGAAGCCACAGCGCGGCGUGGUAAAGCUUCAAAUGCUUUCUGUGUACGGCCAAAACAUCUCUGGCAGCAAUGCCCUCUGGUUGGUACAGGUCUCUGAAUCCGGGACCUGGUCUCUGAACCCGGGACCUGGUCUCUGACAUGGUCUGUCAGAUAAUGCUCUGGUCCACUCCAGAUCUCUGACCAGGUCUGUCAGAUGAUCCUCUGGUCCAGAUCUCUGACCAGGUUUGUCAGAUGAUCCUCUGGUCCAGAUCUCUGACCAGGUCUGUCAGAUGAUCCUCUGGUCCAGAUCUCAGACCAGGUUUGUCAGAUGAUCCUCUGUUCCAGAUCUCUGACCAGGUUUGUCAGAUGAUCCUCUGGUCCAGAUCUCUGACCAGAUUUGUCAGAUAAUCCCCGGGUCCAGAUCUCUGACCUGGUCUUGGUCCAGGUUCCUGACCCGGUGUUUCCGGUGACCCCUGUUCUACUAAUGUGAUGGAUCGAUGAGCGCUCUUUAUUCUAUGUAAUUGCACUAAAAGUCCUCCUUUACAGUGUUUUAAGAUCAACUAUUGGUAAAUUGAAGUUUCCAAAUAUCAAGCACCCAAAAAAGUAAGGGAAAAAAAACUGUGCGUAAUGUUUUCCUGUAGAUAUGAGUAUUUUUUGUAUGGUUUUAUUCUGCAGCUUGUCGAUAAUGCCUUAAGGUGUGCUUUAUACAAGGUGUGGAUCAGAUGUUCUAUGCCCUGGCCUCAGCCCUGCUGGGGCCUCACUCCCCUGCUUUAUACAAGGUGUGGAUCAGAUGUUCUAUGCCCUGGCCUCAGCCCUGCUGGAGCCUCACUCCCCUGCUUUCGCUUUGCUCGUGUAUCAACUCUCCCAGUGCAGUGUUUCACAACGUCAAAACACGCCCACAAUAACCUUCUUCCCCUUAAGCAUGAUCGGUUCAAUUCAUUAGUUUCCUUGUCUGACCGUCAAGUUAGUGGAAGAUGUUGCACUUUUAACAUGAUGUCAGGUGUGUGAUGGAGGCUGUUCCUGAACAGGAGUUUAAACAGAGUGUCCGUGGUGUGUGAGCUGUGUCGGUAUCUAUCUUGAAGUCUACCAGGUUUCCUUCUUACUGGUUUAUUGACGGUGAAAGUGAGGCAGAGAGUGUAAAGUGGUUUGCUUUUCAAUGGAAAAUGUUAUUUUUAUGGUAACCAUUUAAUGAAUCGUUCAUUUGUUUUGAAACACUUUUUUUUUUUUUGUCCCUUUGUGAAUUAGUUUGGGCCUUAAUAUAAUUGUAUUUUGGUAUCACUGUUACCAAAUGAAAUCAGGAUAACGGGAACGGUUUAAGAAUUUAAAUGGAGAUGUUUUCAUAUUGACAUUGUUAUUUUUGGCCCUUGGUGUUUGUGAUGUGGAAUAACAUAAAAAGACCUAGCAUCUGUUCUUUUUCUUUUUUUUUUACAACACAAUCUGCAAAAUAUAUGCAAUGAUGUAAAUGUAACAUUCAAUCCUCAACUAUAAUCCAGGUUGUAUGAACUUUGUAUAGUCCGUUUUACUAUUCUAUGGCCGUACCGGUAUGUAUUGAUUCUUUAUCAGAAGCCUUAGAGUUGUGUACCCAAAGUGCUCCCUUAGACUACCCUUCACCUACCUGAAAUUUAACAAAGCAUUAAUGACUAUAUUUUGUUUCAUUUUUAUUUCUACUUUUUUGGAUAAAAUAGAUUUGUACUGUAUAUUUGUACCUCUUUGUGGACUACUUAGGUCUUCUUUGUUUUUUGUUGUUUUAAUUCUAUGUACUUAAGGACACAGAUAUUGUAUUUUUAUUGUUAUGGCUAACUUCUUUGAGACGUUGCAUUUAUCAUGUUUGUUAAGUAAACACAAUAUAAUAUAUACAUAUAUAAAUAUAAACUAUUAUCCUACCACUUUGCUUUCCGUUUAAGUUUUUUUUUUAUAAAAGUGAGUGGAAGUGAAAAUCUGAAAUAUCAUUAUGCAUAUUCUAUAAUACAAAGGUUACUAUUUGCAUCCAAUAAAUUUGAUUUGAAAGUGUUUAUAUCGGUCCUCUGACUAUUAAACUCAUAGGGGAAUCAACAAUAUUUAGUAGCACAUGAAACAAGCCUAAAUGCAGAUGGUGCUUAAGGUAAGUUGUGUUGCACAGCACGGGGCCUGCCCUACAUAAAUGAAGGUGCAAAUAUGUUUUUGGUCCAUAACUGGUAGGUGCUUUGUGCUCAUACACUUUGACUAGUUUGAUUAACUGUUGAUUAUUCUGAUGUUUCGUUUUACAUGAAAGAUGGAUCUAAUACAGGCAGUGAUAUUCAAUGUUUUAUUUCCAUAGUCUAUUCCAAGUUGAUAAGACAGUUACCCAGGGACUGUGGACACACCAUCAAUUCAGCCGUUCAAUAUGUAAGUACAUUAAGCACAUGUCCUCAGUUUAAUCUCCAAUUUUCUCCUUUUGGCCAUUUCUGACAAAUCGAAGGUCAUGUAAACGCGUACAUCAAAGCAAAUCCUGAUGGACAGAACCAAAGGCCAAUUCUCUAACACCACCAGAAAGGAGUCAUUUCCUUUUAUUUAGAAUAAAACAGUCAAGCAUCAAAAUAACAAGCUCAUACUAAACCAUAGGACAAAUGCAGUUAUUACAACAUGCAAUGCUUACCUAAAAUCGAAAAUCGAUAAGCUCAGAAGAGAGAAAAUGCAUCAAUACGUCCAUUGCAAUCAUGGUUCUUCUGAACAAAUAUUUUAGUGUAGAAUUCUUGGACUAGGGGACCUGGAUGAUCACAUAAAUACAAGAAUCAAAAAAGUCACAAUGGAGAAUACCUAGUAUUCAAAGUCUGACCUGUGUAUAAACCCAUGUAGAAAUAAUUGGAUAUCAGCGAUCUGCCCUUGGGGAAUCAAGGUGUCACCCUGUUUCUUGCACAACAGACUACCUUUAAAGACACUUCCUAGAGCACCCUAAUCAUGGCCUAGAAUCCCACCUGUGGUAUGAGAUCCUCUGUUAGAGAUCUGAGCUCUCACUGAGUUCAACUGCCUGAGUAGCUAAGCACUAUAUGAAGAAUUAUGUUCCGUUUUGAUCUGCAUAGUUUUCAUGGAAAGUGACCUAAUCUUUAUCUCAAUAAAUAUACCCCUGUUGCAUAGAGGUUUAAAGCAGUCGUGGAAUACAAGGUGUUCAAAAACAAAAUAGGAAUUACAAGAGCAACCUCACCUGUCAUUUACAUAAAUAGCUUGUUAAAUGAGCGCUAAAC